AAUUUCAAGUUUCAUUUUGUAGAUAUAUAUAUGUGAUGUGUACCAGUACGUAUAUUUGUGUGCCCACCAAUUUUCUUUUUUGUGGUAAAUUCCGAUAUAAUUGUUAUCUAUACCAUCUGAAAGGUAUUUGUAGAAAAUUUCAUUAAAAAAUAUCUAUAUUUCUGAAAGUUAUGACGAAACACAGUCGGCGGCGGUGGCAGGGCUGGUGGUGGUAGUGGUGUUGUUAUUGGUGGUGGAGCGAGGGAACACUUGUGCUUGAAUGCCUGAUAUUUUACGACUAGGAAACACAUAAAGCUUGACAUAUAUAGUCGUAAAUUUGUGUAUGUUAAUUGAGUGGGGGUGGAGGUGAUGUUUGUUCUGUCCCUAGCAACGGUGUUAUUGUUGAUGUGCUUUCGUUGCUAAGAAAUUAGGCAUCGAAUAUAAACAUCGAAUGCAGAAGGUGAACAAUAUUGAAAAGAAUGUCACCAGGAAAACCAAUUAUUUUUUAAAAUAACAUAAUAGAAACUAUCGUGGACAAUGUCUUGCAGAUUACGAUAUUGGUCAGAUAACGAGAAAGUAAAAUGUAGUGUGUCGUAAACAGAGAAGAUAACACGUUUAAAAUGAAUCCUUACAUCUUACGGACAUAUGGUCUUGGGCCGAAACAGAACACGUGUAAUUAUCCAUUGUGGGAUUACAGAUCACAAAGAUACAGUUCAGUUGGUUCGAGCAGUGAUGGUGCUAGCUCGAAUUCUUCGAAGGAAAGCUCGAGUCGUUCAGAUUCCAGUUCCGAAGUCGCGAGUAUAAUCACUACCGAAAUUUAUGAAUCAUUUCUACCUUUUGAAGUUAAAAUAUUCGCCGACAGCAGCCAAAUCAAUAUGCUUAAUACACUGUAUCGGCCGCUAAUAAAUCUUCUUGAUUCUGAUCUACAUAUUAUAAAAAUAUCAGAAAAUAGAAGUCCUCGUUGUUCCGAGAAUAAUUCACUGAAAAAGCAAGAUUGUCUCCGCCAUGUUUUUGUGCCUAGUUUUUCUAUUUUGAUUUUUUUACUCGAGGACGGAUUGCUUACUCAGCAAAGAUUUUUGGAAGCUCAGUUUUAUUUUCAACAGAAACCGUGGAAAUUUUAUCAUCAAUCACGAAUAGACAAAAGAAAAGCAAUAGAAUUUUGUUCCGAUAAUAUGCAGGAAUUCUAUGGUACUUCAAAAGGUUAUCCUCUCUGGGGAAUUCGUCGUGUACAUUAUGGAAAAGAGCAUUUGCGAUUUAUGUUAUUUGUCAGCUACGACAAUUGGCUUGCGAUGGUGAACUUUUACAAAGUUCUUAUGAAUUCAGCUCCUGAAUACGAACAAGAUGACUUCUGUAUGUUUACAGUGGACAACCAAGUACACUAUGACAUACAGUUUGUUCUCAAACAACUGCCUCCACAUAUUAUUCCCGAACCAUUAUAUUUCGUUGAACUUGAAUUUCAGAUAUCUGAUAUUGGUAUUCUGAUGCCACAUUUUCCAAAUGUCUGUAAACCAAUGUCUGUUCAUAAAUGGUGCACAUCAGAUCAUGACGGAAAUCCCCUUAUAAUGAGCUUAAAACCGAGACUAGAAUGUUCACCCCAGACAUCUAUGAAACGAAAUUCAUCUGAAUAUUUGUCAGCCGCUAACAAAGUGUUUUUCGUGUGAAAAACUCAAAUGCGCCAAAUUCCUAACAGUUAUAACACAAAAACAUCUAACUUCUCUCGAAGAAGCGAUUGUUCAUUAUGUUUUACAGGCAAUAAUGUGUAUACUGAUGGAGUCUCCAGAGAAGAAUCGAACCAGGUACUAAUGGAAUGUCUUUAAGAUCUUUAUUCGUUCUUUUACAAAGAACAGUUAAGAUUUUGAUGUUUGUAUAUGGCCUACUUUUUAUUGAAUAUAUUCCAGAAAAGUCAAACCUUAUGGUUGAAUGUAUUAUAUAUAAGAGAGUUAUUAUUGAUGAAUAUACCGUUCAAACUAAGCAGAAAAUCUCUUAUUACUGAACUGAGCGUUAAUACAGAAAUAAUAUUCUCACAAAUCUAAGACAAUGGCUAAGAUGGACCAAGAAUAACAAAUAUGUUUAGUGUACAUUCAUGAAGAGGUAUUGAGUACUUAGUUGAGAUAUAAAUUUACAGAACAAUUCCAAUUCUACAAAAUGGACUAUUUCUUUCCUGGAUGGAACAAUGUGGUGCAACAAUAAGAUUAGCCAGUCACUAUGAGACUACCACUAUAGUUCUAAUGGUGAUGAUAAAAUAUGGAUACAUUAUUCAAAGUAUUAAUAAUUAAUAAUUGUAAUUAUUUACUUACAACAAGGCAGCGAGCUGGCAGGACCGUUAGUACGCUGGGCGAAAUGCUUAGCGGCAUUUCAUCUUCUCUUACGUUCUGAGUUCAAAUUCCGCUGAAGUCGAGUUUUGCCUUUCAUCCUUUUGGCGUCAAUAUAUUGAGUACCAGCUGGGCACUGGGGUCGAUGAAAUCAACUCGACCCCAUCUCCCUCGUAAUUGCUAGCCUUGUGCCAAAAUUUGAAACCAAUAAGUAACAUACAAUCCAGAACCUAAUACUCGAAACAGGGACCGAAGCAUUUGGUAAAUGGAUAGUAACUGUCGUUAUGAUAGAUUUUUUCAAAAGCUUUGACUGGUCUCAAUCCACCCGUAUCUCCCACAGUUUUAGAGUGAACAUCUUUCUCUGCGAUUCAACUUCUAAAACGUCAAAUUAACAUUUUAGUUUUUAUUCAGAUUCCAACAUUAUUAAAAACCACUGACCACUUGCCAACACUUGGCCCGAAAUCCGUAACGUGGAAUCCAGUUGAGUUCUUUACCAUAAAUUUUCUGCUACAUUUACAAAGAAUCUAUUUUCGUCAAUACAGUCAUUAAUCCACUAUUGUUUACUGUGGUAAUGAUUUCUUUCCAAUAACUGGGGAGAAAGGCGACGAGCUGGAGGAACGGUUAGCGCGUCGGACAAAAUGCUUGGCUGCAUUUCUUCCGGCUUUUUAUGUUCUGAGUUCAAAUCUCAGUAAGGUUAGUUUUGCCUUUCAUCCCUUCGGGGUCAAUAAAAUAAGUACCAAUCAAGUACUGGGGUCGAUGUAAUCGACUGGCCCCGUCCUCUCAAAAUUGCUGGCCUUGUGACAAAAUUAGAAAGAAUGACUAAUGAAGAAAGUGAAUAGAUUCAGCAUUUGAUCAAGUUGUCCACUGUUAGCGAUUUAUCAGUGACAAGAAAAAAAAAGCACUCCCCACCUACACCGGGAGUACCAAGUGCUUGCCAAAAAAUUGGUCAAUUGUUCCUUCGCUGCAAACUUUACAAUGUGACAUUUCAUUUUAUCAAAGAAAAAAACCUGGGACAUUUUCCCUUUCAGCUUAGCUUUUUUUUAUAUAUUGUGAAACUCAAGUCUAUUAAAUCUGUUAUAAUUCUUUCGAUUAUAAGCACAAAACCUGAAAUUUUGUGGGAAGGAGCCCAACUGGCCCGUAUUUUAUCGAUCGCGAAAGGAUGAAGGACAAAGUUGACUUCAGCGACAUUUGAAAUCAGAACGUAAAGGCGGAAGAAACGCCGCUAAGCAUAAAUGGCCGACGCGGUACCGAUUCUGCCAGCUCGCCGCCUUACUACAAUACUGGGAAUGAAAGAUCAUAUACGUCUUCACAAAGCGCAAGACUAAUGUUUGCUGGAAAGCGGUUCGAUUCCUGUGUAGAAUCUAAUAUUUUACUUGUAUACUGUUAUGUCUUCGAGAGAAUUGGACACAGAAGAAAGAAGCUUUAAAUUACAAAUUAUUUAAUCUAAUCGUCUAAAUUCUGCUAAGUUACAUUCAGAAUGAAAGAAUAGGGCGUAUGACGCAAACAGAACUUACAAUUAAAAAAGAAAAAACAUUGGAGGUGGGGAGUAAAGGUAGCCAGUAGCAUUUGUUAUAGAGUAAUAGUUUGUGUACAGGUAUUGAAGACAAUUGCACGUCUCAGAGUCAUAGUACUGUUGAAUGCCAGUUUGAAAAUCUAAUUCUCUGUAAUUUAUAUACGUAUUUUACGAUCAGUGGGAAGAUGGAAUAUUAAUAAAUGAAAAGACAAUUCCAUUCUGGUUCUUAACAGGAAACUAUUUUUGGUGGACAUGCAUCAAAUUACAAACACCGGUAAAAAAAAAAAUAUGUAAAACAAGCAACACGGUGCCAACUACAUCCAAAUUUACGGACAUCUUUUUUUUUUCAACUAGAUUCAAAUAACGAAAUAAACUUUAAUAUCAUUUUUGGUUACAACAUUUCUGGAACUCAGAAAACAUUUAUAAAGAAAUCAUUUAUUUUCUCUUCGACUCUUGACACGAUGUAAAUCAUUUCUGUAAUGUUUGCAAAUAAUGUAUUUGCGAAAUAGAUUAUAACUUUUAUACCAAAACAAACAAAAAAAAAAGAAUUAUACCAGCGCAUCCAUAAAACAGAUUCAUGCAUCCAUAAAUAUUCAUGCGUAUGUAUAUGAGCAUAUGUGUUUACAUACUUAUACAUAAACGCACACAAUAUCUAUACACUUAUUACCAAAUUUCCGCUAUUUUAAUGCUAAAUCGUUAUUCAGAAAAUGCGGAACAAAGUCAUUGUCAUCAGAAAAUGCGGAACAAAGUCAUAUUUCAUGAACAAAAUUUAUUCCAAGGACUUUCCUUUAGGUUUAGAAAGAUUAGAUAUUUCCUCUGAAGGUUUUCGAGAUUUAGUUAGUCUUGAUUUAGUUAGUUUUGUAUAAACGAAUCGUCUAGGAUUUGGUGGCCGCAAGCUGCCUUUACAAUCUAUACAAAAGCAGAAGAAAUCGCAUUGCUUCAUGUAAUAUUUGCAGUAUUUGAUACAAUGGUCGAAGCUGUGCUUCAGAUGUGUAAAACAUUGCUUGAAGCAGGAGAGGGAAAAAUUACCGCACGCAAUGGAACAAUCUGCGUUUUCUUUGAAGUUCAUGUAGGCAGGAGACGACAGGUAUGGAAAUGUAAAGAGAAGUAGUAAUAUUUCGGCUUUCUGAAACAAAGAGAAAUAUAUAAAAAUAUAUAAGAUUAAAUUUUUCAUGGUCGCCGCGAAAAUUAUUGAAUGGAAUUUUAUAAGUGAAGAGAAAAUUGACAGUAAACAUUUAUGAAGAAAACAUCGUUUAGAAAUUCAUAUGAAACUAUACACAGACUAUCACACAAGGUUUCAUAUGAAAUAACUUGUAAAUAAUUUCAUUUUAAUAAACAGGAAAAACUAACACAGUUUCAAAAGAUUCAUUAUUUCUAUGCUGAGCCGAAGAUCUGAUGAAACUUCAAAUUAUUUAUGUACAAACAUUUUUUUAAGGAGAAUGAAACAGAUUUUUAAAAAUCGAUUUGAUUGUCGUAAGGCAAUAAUAUAUAUAAUAAAUAUAAAUAAUGUACAAUAAAUAAUAAAGUGAACUAAAAGAGGAAACAGGUACUGAAGAGCUUACGCAAAAAAAAAAAUCUUUAUUUAAUUUUCUUUCUUGGUUAUGGAAAGAAAACUGAUACCUGGUAGUAAUUAUUAGCGACACUUAUAAAAGGGAGAUAAUCAAGAAAUAAUGUUUGAUCAGACAACAUAGCUCUGAUGAUGUCUAAUAGAUCGAAACAAGUCUCUAGUUAUCACCCUUACCAGUUAACAAAGAUUUCGCAUUCUUUGCUUUAAGCCGGUAAUUAACGCACUUUUUUUUUUAUUCGUAAAUUAAGCGAAAAAUUGGCAUGCGUCUAAUGUAACCGUAUUAAGGAUGGGAUACCCAGUGUAUGAGAGAAUAUAAUGAAACAUAAAAUCUGAUUUUUAUGACAGCAAA